AUGAGCUCUUCCCCAUCACUAUCAGCACCAUCAUCAUCAGUACGACUGCCAUCAUCAUCAGAACGACCACCAUCAUCAGCACGACCAUCAUCAGCACGACCAUCAUCAGCACGACCGCCAUCAUCAUCAUCAGCAUCAUCAUCAUCAGCUCGCCCCGAUGCGUCAUUGCUUCUCUACCGCCUCCAAACCAUCGGUCGCAUCCGGCGACGUUGGCUAGACGUCGUUCGGAACUCCAGGCCUGCUGUCUGCAGCAGCCACAACAGCCACAACAACCACAACUACCACAACAACCACAUCGGCCACAACCACACGUCCCCACCACCGUCGCCGCCACCGCCGGCGUCGGAGCGCCGACGCUGGGCACCGCCUCCACCCAAGCGUCCGCCGGACGUGUUCACGUUCAGCGCCAGCGAGAUCGACCACCUCGCAACUGACGGCGGUGGCGCCGCUCGUGACGAACGAGGCGGCGGACGAGGCGGCGGACGAGGCGGCGGACGAGGUGGCGGACGAGGUGGGGUGCGGAGGAGCAGGCGAGUUUUGUAUCCGCCCAGCUGCGCGAGGAGCCGCAGGAGGAGGGAGGCGUUGUCGGCCCCGGAGUUGGACCACGCGGUGCUGCUGCUUGCCUUCUUCACCCUGGCCUUCGGCCUGCAGAUCUACAACGCCAUCGAGAACCUGGACGACCACGUGGAGCGCUACGACUUGCGGGGCCUCGCCGCGGCGCUUCGCCGGCAGCUCCACGGGCAGGAGGCGGCGCUGGCCCCGCUGCCGGCGGCGUUGGCCGAGUACCUGGCGGUGCGCGAGCACGGCCGCCCGCUGCUCCUCUCGCUGCACGGCACCGGCGGCGUGGGCAAGAGCGUCGCCGGGAGAGCCGUCGAGCGCCACUUCACGGCGCUGGCGGGCGGCGCCCGCGUGGCGCUGCUGCACCGCGCUCGCUGCGCGUUUGGCGGUGGAGGCGGUGGCGGUGGAGGCGGUGGAGGCGGUGGCGACGACGGGCACGUGGUGUCGCGGUACCUGGCCGACUUGAACGCCACCAUCGCGGAGGUGACGAGGGAGGCGGAGGGAGCCCAGAUGAUUCCCGUCUUCAUCUUCGACGAGGUGGAGGAGAUGCCGGCGGCGGUCCUGGACUUCCUGCACGCCAGGACGGCGGCGUCCACCUCCUCGGCGUCCACCUCCUCGGCGUCCACCUCCUCAGCCGCCUCCUCGUCGCGCCAGCAGCACGCCGGGCAGCCCAACGCCAUCUACGUCCUCAUCAGCAGCCUCGGCGGCGAGGAGAUCAUGGCCCACGCGCUGCGUGACGGGGAGUCGCCCUCAUGGCCCUCAUCAGUGGUGCCCGCCCUCCGGCGCUGGCUGGAGAAUGGCGGUGGUGCCGGUGGUGAUGCCGGUGGCGGUAAUGGUGGCGGUGGCGAUGCUGGCGGUGAUACCGACGUUGUGACCGGCGGCGGCGGUGGCGGCGGUCCCGGCGGCGGCUUUACCGGCGGUGACACCGGCGGUACCGUCAGCACCGCCGCCGCCUGGCGUGGCCACGCGCUGUUUGCCGCGGCCCGCCUGGUGCCCUUGUCUCCGCUGCGCGAGUGCCACGUGCGUCUGUGCGUGCGCGACGAGAUGCUGCAGGAGGGCCUCUACCCCACAGAGGGCGACGUGCGGCGCCUGGCGGGCGACGAGGAGUACCUGGGCGGGGCCCGCUGGGCCGUCAGGGGCUGCAAGGGCGUCGCGGCAAAGGUCAACCGGCUACAGUGACCGUGGCGGAGGAGGAGGACGAGGAUGGAGGAGGAGGAGGAUGGAGGACGAGGUGGGAGAUGAGGUGGAGGGAAGAGGUGGACGACGAUGAGGAGGUGGUGGCGGUGGCGGUGAUGUACAGCAGGGUGCGUGGACGAAUCCCCCGCCUGGCCCUUCUGCACGACGGGGAUACAGCGUUUCCCCCUCGCACCCACGCACACGCCGAGGGUUUUUUUCACUCGGGUGCUCGGCGCCGCGCACCUGCCGCGUCUGUCACGUGACCUCCCGCGUCUGUCACAUGACCUCCCGCGUCUGUCACGUGACCUCCUGCACCCAGCCUGGCACAAGCGCCGUGUUGACGUCACCGGCGGCGAGCGUCAGCUGCUGUUGACUGUUUUAAUAAAUUCGCUUUUUUUUUAAACCCCCCCCCCCCCCCCCACAAAUCGUGCGAGUGUCUCCCGUGUCACGAAUACGCCUGGGCCGCUCCUAGGUCGACUCGGCCUCAAACGAGUUCCUCAACGUCGCCACUGGGGGGGGGGGAGGGGGGAGACAAAGACGGCCGGGAGUGGUGCUGUCCACCCGCACCCUCGUGGUGCCCACAGCGCCCGGUCGCCUUCAAUGGAUGUUGCUCUCGAACAGCACUUGCCCCCCACACAGCCUGUCAGAGGUCACACCUGGGGCGUCUUUGUCUUUGUGCAGCGUGGGGAGCGGUUGCGCAGUGGUUGGCGCGCUGCGCUAUGACCCGGGUCCAGUGAUGGAUUCAUCUGAAGCCGGUUCCUGGGCCUCCCCUAGGUCGACUCGGCCUCAAACGAGUGCGGCGGAGUGAAACAUCUCUUGGUUCUUUCGGUGAAGUCACCACCGCGUA